AUGGGCGAGCCCUGCGAGCGCGGUGCCUGCUCGCCAGCCGCCGGCAUGAAAGAAGGAGCGGACUGGGAGUCGUGGGACGCGCCGCUGGGUUUUCUGGAGGGCUCCCAGAUGGGCAACAGGAGCAACGUGUCCUUCCUGCAGCUCUUUAAGAACAUCAACCUGGAGCGAUCCGACGGGAUGCAGGGGGACAGCUCCGACGUGGUGCGGAUUGUCAUCUCCCUGGUGUACUCCGUGGUGUGUGCCCUGGGGCUGGUAGGCAACCUGCUGGUGCUCUACCUGAUGAAAAGCAAACAAGGCUGGAGAAAGUCCUCCAUCAACCUCUUUGUGACCAGCCUGGCAGUGACUGACUUCCAGUUUGUGCUGACCUUGCCCUUCUGGGCGGUGGAGAAUGCGCUGGACUUCAACUGGCUCUUCGGCAAGGCGAUGUGUAAGAUUGUCUCAUAUGUUACAGCCAUGAAUAUGUAUGCCAGUGUCUUCUUUCUCACUGCCAUGAGUGUGGCUCGAUACCGCUCUGUGGCUUCAGCCUUGAAAAAUCAGCGGCGAGGUCACCCGCUGGGUGGCUGCUGCUCUGCCAAGUGGCUUUGUGCACUCAUCUGGCUGUCAGCUAUCCUGGCUUCCCUGCCUCAUGCCAUUUUUUCCACCACUGCCACCGUCUUUGAUGAUGUGCUCUGCCUUGUCAAGUUCCCCGAGGGCCGAGGCAGCAAUGCUCAGUUCUGGCUGGGUCUGUACCACAUCCAGAAGGUGCUGCUGGGCUUCGUGGUGCCACUGGUCAUCAUCAGCCUCUGCUACUUGCUCCUAGUACGGUUCAUCAGUGACAAGCAUUUUGGCAGCACCUGCAGUGGCCCCAGUAUCAAGCGCCGCUCCAAAGUGACUAAGUCAGUGUCCAUCGUGGUGCUGUCUUUCUUCUUGUGCUGGCUGCCUAACCAAGCGCUCACAACAUGGGGCAUCCUCAUCAAACUGAAUGUGGUACACUUCAGUACUGAGUACUUCCUCUCCCAAGUGUACCUUUUCCCCAUCAGCGUGUGCCUGGCACACUCCAACAGCUGCCUCAAUCCCAUUCUCUACUGCCUCAUGCGUAGGGAGUUUCGCAAGGCACUGAAGAGCCUCCUCUGGAGGAUCACCUCACCUUCCCUCACCACCAUGCGCCCUUUCACCGACACCACCAAGCCCGAGCAGGAGGAGCAGGCCCUGCACACCUUGGUGCCUGUCCACCCUGUCGCUGCUUCUUCCCCUGCUGCAACCGUCCAGCCGGAGGUGGCCUACUACCCCCCUGGGGUGGUGAUGUACAGCAGCCGCUAUGACCUGCUGCCCGCUAGCUCCACGGAGCAGCGCUGCUGA